AUGAAAUGUUCAGCACUCUGGACAGCUCUCUGCGUUUGCAUGUAUGGGGCGGUGGUGACAUGCUCAGUGAAGAAGCUGGGCAAUAACACUGGGCGUUUCGCCAAUGCCACUCUGGUUCGGCUAAACGAGUUUUUAAGUGCUGGAUAUAAGAAAGGAGUUCGACCAGUGCGCGACUGGAGGCAGUCAACGACGGUGGCUAUUGACCUAAUGGUUUAUGCGAUCCUUAACGUGGAUGAGAAGAACCAGGUCUUGACAACAUAUGUGUGGUACAGACAGCAAUGGAUAGAUGAGUUCCUUGCGUGGGAUCCAGAAGAAUUUGAUGACGUUAAACAGAUUUCCAUUCCCACUGCCAACAUCUGGGUUCCAGAUAUUCUUAUCAAUGAGUUUGUGGAUGUAGGAAAGUCUCCUGAAAUUCCUUACGUCUAUGUAGGCCAUACUGGGCUAGUUCGCAACUAUAAACCUAUCCAGGUAGUGACUGCCUGCUCCCUCAACAUCUACAACUUUCCUUAUGAUGUCCAAAAUUGUAGCCUGACUUUCCAGAGCUGGCUACACACAACUAAAGACAUCAACAUCACACUAAUGAGAACCCCUGAGGAAGUAAUGAGCGACAAGAGUGUGUUCAUGAACCAGGGAGAAUGGGAGCUGCUUCACGUCCUCUCCAGAUACAAAGAGUUCAGCAUAGAUAAUGAUGAUUACUAUGCCGAAAUGAAGUUCCAUGUUGUGAUCCGACGCAGACCUCUAUUCUACACAGUCAACCUCCUGCUACCCAGUGUAUUUCUGAUGGUGAUGGACAUCGUUGGAUUCUACUUGCCACCAGACAGCGGAGAGAGAGUAUCCUUCAAGAUUACGCUGCUCUUGGGCUACUCUGUCUUUCUCAUCAUCGUCUCUGACACGCUGCCAGCGACUGCCAUAGGGACCCCUCUCAUUGGUGUGUACUUUGUGGUAUGCAUGGCGCUGCUGGUCAUCAGCCUGACCGAGUCAGUUUUGAUCGUGAGGCUGGUGCACAAACAGGAUCUGCAGUCUCGCGUGCCCCAGUGGGUCAAACACCUGGUGCUAGAGAAGGCCACGGUGCUUCUCUGCAUUCGAAACAAGAAGGUCUGCUCCAUCCUCUCGCAGGGCUCUGACCUGCCGCUCUACAAAGAAAACAACAUGAACACAGCAGUACACUGCAACCAUCACAGCUGCGAGGGAUCCAGAGAAUCCGGGAGGAACCUGGGUUUGGGGUUGUCCACGCAAAACAGUGGGUCUCCCGCCAUGGAUGGCAUCCUGCGUGAGAUCACCACUAUCCGUCAGUUCAUGGAAAAGAAGGAUGAGAGCAGGGAGAUCGCUAAGGAAUGGCUGCAGGUGGGGUACGUUCUGGACGUCCUGCUCUUCCGCGUCUACCUGCUCACCGUGUUGGCCUACAGCAUCACUUUAGGCACACUAUGGUCUGUCUGGCAGAAUGACUGACCGCAGAUGUGGCGCCAAUUCUGUCUCACUGCUUAAUGUAAAUGCAGUGUUUGAUGUAGUUUAAGUGCUGGUAAUGUAAUUGUUAUCUCACGAGAGAAUAACUUGAGCACCAUAGAGGAGAAAUGUGCUUUCAGAUCAAGAGUUAUUACUUGUAGACUGCCAGAUGAAAGCUCUGCCGUCUCUGAAAAUCAU